CGUCACUUGCAUUCUCAAGUCACUCGCGUUAACCAACCUCGAAAAUUUCACUCUUAACAUCCAUUUCUUACGAAUUUUUCACCUUAUCACAAUGGAUCCACUCACACUAACUUUAUUUCUCAUAUUCGGAUUGUUACUCGUCUAUCACUUCGUAUGGAAAUCCAUGACUCACUUCCAACAGCUCGAUUUACUACACGAAUCACCUGUUCCCAUCCUAGGUAAUAUGGCUCCAUCGCUGUUCCGUCGUAUCUCCUUGUUCGAACACCUUCAACACCUCUACUCUCGCUUCUCGCAAGUGAAAUACUUCGGUUUCUACAACUUCGCAACACCGGUAAUAGUGAUUCGCGACACUGAAUUGAUCACGUCUAUCGCAGUGAAAAACUUCGACCACUUUUGCGACCACCGUGGCUUUGUUGACAAAGAACUGGAUCCGUUAAUAGGGAAAAAUCUAUUUGCUCUUCGUGGCGACCACUGGCGAGAAAUGAGGAAGUUACUAAGCCCUGUUUUUACCUCCAGCAAAAUGAAGACAAUGUUCCAUCUAAUGGAUGACUGCGCAAACAGCUUCACGGAUUAUAUCGCAAAAGACUCGAAGCAGGGACAAGUGUUCAAUUUGAAAGAGAUUUUUGGUCGAUACACCAACGACGUGGUAGCUACCUGUAGCUUUGGAAUUUCGGUGGAUUCGAUGAAAAAUCCUCAGAAUGAAUUCUACACGUUCGCCAAGGAAACGAUGAAUUUUAUGUCGAAUUUAUCAUUGAAAUUCAUUAUGGGCAAAAACUUUCCGACGUUAUCAAAGCUACUCAGCAUAAGAUUGUUCAGUGAGAAUGCACGUCGUUAUUUCCAACGUGUUAUUGCCGAUACAGUUAGGGCGAGGAAAGAGAAGGGAAUCUACCGGCCAGACAUGAUUCAACUGAUGAUGGAGGCCAAGGACAAGGAUGGAAAUGCGCUAACCAUCGAGGAAAUGACCUGUGAAGCGUUCAUCUUUUUCCUGGCUGGCUUCGACUCUGUUUCCACUUUAAUCUGUUUCCUCGCACACGAGAUCGCCGCGAAUCCUGAUGUCCAAGCGAAACUGCGUAUAGAGAUCGAAGAAGUGCUUCGUAAAACUGACGGAAAACCGACUUACGAAUCUAUAAAAGAAAUGUCGUACAUGGAUGCUGUAAUCAACGAAACGCUCAGACUGUAUUCUCUAGCUGCGUUCUUGGAUCGAGUAUGUGUAAAAGAAUUCGAGCUACCACCAGCGACAUCUGGCGCGAAACCGGUCAAAGUGAAACCUGGUGAUGUCAUAUGGUUCCCUCUAUUCGCGAUUCAACGAGAUCCGAAAUAUUUCUUUGAACCGAACAAGUUCGAUCCAGAUCGAUUUUUGAACGGAGAAAUACCUCAGUCGGUUCAUAUACCAUUUGGACUGGGGCCUAGAGUUUGCAUCGGAAACAGAUUUGCCCUGUUAAAGUGCAAAAUGGUGUUAUUCUAUCUAUUAUGGCGCUGUGAACUGGAACCUUGUGACAAGACUCAGAUCCCGAUCAAGUUCAGCACUCAGAGUUUCAUAUUGUUCCCGCAGAAUGGAUUCUGGCUGAACUUCCGCGCCAGAUAUGUUCAAUCAAACAGUGAAUAGGACAUUUUUGAUUAAGUGCUAGAGAAUAGGUUAUAAUUGUUUGGUUAACUGGAUAGUUUUGUAGUUUAACCAUAUUGUGAUUU